GGUUAAGGUUUACAUUAACAGGUCUCAUAGGUUAUAUGUAAGGGAACCCCUGGUGAGAAAUGUCAAAGAAAUCGGAAUACAAACUCAAAAAGCGAAAAGGAUCCAAGAAAGAUAAAAGUGUCAAUUUCUUUUCGGAUAUAACUUUACCUAAAAAUGAGGAAGAAAUAGAUAUCAUAAGCAUGGAAGCUUCUCCCGGAAGAACUAAAGUCGACCAUUUUGGUUACGACAACGAGGCUUUCGAACCGCCGUACGAUGUCCCAGAUGAUGAUUUAUGUUUCGGGACUUCUCGGAAGGAUAAUAACCAUAAUAGUGACACAGAAUCUGAAAGUGACGAUCCUGUGGUCAAAUCUUCAGAGGAAGGAAAAAAUACUUCGAAGCCGAUGAAUGGUAAUGCUGUACACGAAAGUGAUGACCCUUAUGAACAGAAGACAGAAAAGGUAGAGCGUUGGGACGUGUUUCGUGUUACAUCAGAAGACAAUGUAUCGUCAUCAGACUUAUCCUGUUGGAAACUCGUUUUCAAAAUUGCGCGAGUAAUUAUGAUAUCACUGUUUGGACUAAUAGUGCUUACGACUGCUGUUGUGUCGAAAAUUACUCUUACUUACAUGAUAUCAAAUAUAAAUGUUCCUAUGGCAACCAGUGAUCAUAAUGGAACUAAUUUAAGAACGUUUUUCCAAACAUUGAACUAUCCCGCAAAAUCAACGGAAGUCACGUGGAUAUGGGCGUUACUAAUUGCCAUGGUAGCGCCUUACUUCUUUUCACUUUUUUCGUGCUUACGAAAACUUUUUUUCAAAAGAACCAGUCCACUGAAAGUUGUUCCCUUAAUAAUUUCGCUUUGCGUCGAAACGUUACACUCAGCUGGGUUGUUCUUGCUAGUUUUCAUUGUUUUACCGAACUUUGAUCCCCUGACAGGGAUUCUGAUCGCUCUAAACGUAGCAACAGUACCAGGUAUUCUUAAAAUAUGUUUCCCACAAAGAACGGUAAAGGACGAGAUAGUUCCGAAUGCCAGCUUGACUACAGUCCGUAUAAUUAACGCCGUGAGUGUAUUGUGUCAUUUGGGAGGUUUAGGUUUGACGGGCUAUUACAUUUACCGUGUUGACCAAUCAAACGAAACAUUACUAGUUGUAACAAUAUUGGCCGCCAUCUUUACAUCAAUCUACUGGUGGGAAAAUUUCAUACCGAAAGGCGAGAGCGAAUCUAGCGGAAUGCGACAAUUGAAAAGGCAAUUCUGCAGAGGAAAAACCAAAGUUUUAUGUAUAUCUAUAUGCUGGAAAAUGGUUUUAACACUUUGCGUAAUGCCUUUAGUCUUAGUCAGUCCGAGUUGUGGGGAAAAUUGUACGGACUUCAUAUUCAUUAGAACAACAAAUAAACAAGGACCGGAAAUACACAACGAUAUAUUGAAUACUGAGCUCACUGACUUCCGAAACUUUUGCAUAAACUUCAACUGGGUUCCAUUUCUUAUUGCAAUAGUUCACGUUGUUAUGAAUGGACUAUGUUACAAAUUUGCCAAAGCCGCCUGCAAGAUCAUUGGUCAAAGAUUAGCAUUCGGACUACCUCUUGUUUUAACGCCACCAAUAGCUUUGUCGUUUGUGCUUGGAUUGCAAUCUACGGCUACAAUGUCUGUUUAUGGUUGUGAACUGAAAUUUCCGAUGUGGGAUGGUGACGUCACUAAUAUUCAGGACCAUAUAGAUGAUUACUGGUUUGUACUGGUAGGAGGAAUUUUGAGUUAUCUGUCCUUACUUCUGGUCACAAGUCAUGUGUGGACCCCUCGCAAGGAAAGACUUCAACCCACUGAUAAGUUGUUCGUCAAACCAUUGUAUUGUGGAAUGCUGUUGGAACAAUCUCUCCUUCUUAACAGGAGACGAAUUGAUGACGAAUUUCUAUCUGCGUCUGAAUUCAAGUAUACAAAAACGAAAGACGAAGACACUAUUCCAAUACCUGACCUCCCGGAAGACGGCAACUUUAACCCCACAGAAGACUUUUCAGUACUGAGGAAGGAUGACACGCCCAUGUUGUACAUGUGUGCCACCAUGUGGCAUGAAACUGAGAAUGAAAUGACACAGAUAAUGAAAUCACUCUUCAGAAUGGAUGAAGACCAAUGCGCACGUCGCCAUCUACAAAUGUUCCUUGGUAUUAAAGACCCGGAUUACUAUGAAUUUGAAGCACAUAUAUUUUUCGAUGACGCAUUUGACUAUCACAGCUUAGAAGACUAUGAGUACAGAGCCAACGAUUAUGUUAAAAUGAUGUUUGCUUGUAUUGAUAUAGCAGCAAGUGCUGUUCAUAGUGUGAUGAUGAAAAUUCCACCUCCGAUUAAGGUUCCAACGCCAUAUGGUGGACGACUUAUUUGGCGCAUGCCUGGAGGAAACAAAAUCAUUGCCCAUUUGAAGGAUAAGGCUAAAAUCAGGCAUAGGAAGAGAUGGAGUCAGGUUAUGUACAUGUACUAUUUCCUUGGACACAAACUAAUGAAUCUGAAAGACAAAACAAGAAAACAGAAGGAGAAAAUAGCACAGAACACAUUUCUAUUGGCCUUAGACGGAGAUGUAGAUUUCCAGCCAUCAGCUGUCCAGCUCCUAGUCGACAGAAUGAAGAAAAACCCAAACGUUGGUGCCGCUUGUGGUCGUAUACAUCCUAUCGGUUCAGGACCUAUGGUUUGGUACCAGAAGUUUGAGUAUGCUAUCAGCCAUUGGUUACAGAAAGCCGCAGAGAAUGUAAUGGGAUGUGUCCUGUGCAGUCCCGGAUGUUUCAGUUUAUUUAGAGGUUAUGCUUUAAUGGACGAUAACGUGAUGAAACGAUACACAACGCCACCCACCGAAGCUAGUCACUACGUCCAAUAUGACCAAGGUGAGGAUCGUUGGCUGUGUACUCUUUUACUACAACAAGGAUACAAAGUAGAGUAUGUUGCUGCUUCUGAUGCCUUAACCUACGCCCCGGAAGGAUUUAAUGAAUUUUAUAAUCAGCGUCGACGAUGGUCGCCAUCAACAAUGGCAAACAUCAUGGACCUUUUAAUGGAUUGGAAAAACGUCACAGCCAAAAACGAGGACAUUUCAAAACUGUACAUCGCCUAUCAAAUGUUUAUGAUGGUGUCCUCUAUAUUGACUCCUGGCACGAUAUUGUUGAUGAUUCUGGGAUCGUUGUAUACAGCUUUCCCGGCCAUUGAACCAUGGACAGCGUUUGUUGUCAAUCUAAUUCCGGUUGUGAUAAUGGUGGUCCUUUGUUUUGUUGCUAAAACAGACGUUCAGUUGAGUUAUGCGGCCAUUUUGUCGACCUUGUACUCGUUGUUGAUGAUGAUAGUUAUAGUUGGGCUGUUGAAGGAGGCAGUCGGAGCAGCAUUCUGUUCUGUGACAACGUUCUUCCUGGUUUUUGUAGCUGGUGUAUUUGUAUUAUCAGCCAUGCUUCAUCCACAGGAAUUCUGGUGCAUUAUCCAUGGCUUAUUAUAUUUUCUUGCCAUCCCAUCAAUGUCUAUGCUGUUGAUGAUCUACUCUCUCGGUAAUCUGCACGUGGUAUCCUGGGGAACACGUGAGACGAAGGCACCAACUCCACAACAAGGAGCGCAACAAGAAAAACCUCGGCAGAACGCAGUACAGAACUGGUUGGAAAAAAUUGGAUUAUCGGACAGCAGUCAGGCGUCAUCCGAAUAUCAGUUUUCAUUCGGAAACUUAUUUAGGUGCAUGUGUUGUCCAAGAUCUGAUGUUCAGAACGAGGAUGCCAGGUUGCGAGCUAUAUUGGAGCGAUUGGAAGACAUGGAUAACAAAAUGACUGAAGUGACGUCAUUUUCACAACGAGGUAGUAUUUCCGGGUCAUCAAAACCUGACAAGAAAGAAGAAGAAAUGACACCAUUUUCAAAACAGGAUGUCCUUAUGGACAGUGGCGAAAGACUGAACCCAAUUUAUAAAGAAGAAAAACAAAAGAAAAGAGACGAACUUAAAGACCCUUACUGGGUUCACGAUGUACAGUUACGGAAAGGAGCGAUUGACGUUCUGGAUAAAGGGGAGGUCGACUUUUGGCAAACUUUUAUCAAGAGAUACCUGUUCCCAAUUGAAAGUAAUAAGGAACACGAAAAGAAAGUAGCUAGCGAUCUGAUUGAGCUUCGAAACAAAGUUUGCCUAGCUUUUCUUCUUAUCAACGCACUAUUUGUUACAAUCGUAUACACACUUACGGAAGUGAACAAAUCGGACGGUUCUUUGUCAAUUCCGCUUCCAUGUGGUGGCGGCAAUGAUAAGUCUGAUACAAGUACAGGAAAUACAGGCCAAGGAAAGAUUGAACCUAUAUCCUUCGCGUUCACAGCUGUAUUUGGGCUUAUGCUGCUGAUACAAUUUGUUUGCAUGUUAUUCCAUCGAUAUUCCACUCUAUUACAUAUCAUUGCUAGCGCAGAGAUCAAACUCAAAAAGCAUAUAAGAAAUGCGAUUGGAAAUAAUCAAGAACAAGACGUACAAAACAUCGGUAUAGAAGAUGGACUAGAUCUCGUUCGUCAAAUGCAAUCUUCAAAUGAACCAGACAGUGAUACUGUGUCUGUGGAUUCGUUUGAUCUUCUCGGGGACGACACACCACGUGAUGAUGAUGACGAGUUACCAGGAGAACCGAAAGGGAAAGAUUUAUGGAACAAACUUCAGAAGAGGAGAAAACAAAUGAAUGCAAACACAUUAAGUAAAAAUUUCAUUAAAAAUUUCACAAAGCUACAACGCGUUGUUGAGUCGGAUGAGACGGCAAGUCUCUCGCCGUUAUCCGGGGAUAACUUCGGGUUUUCUGAAGAUCGGAUCGGAAAUGUCCAGAAACAGUUUGGAAAGAGAAGAUUCUCUCGAAAGUCUCUGCAUACUAUCGUAAAUAUAGUCCAGAAUGACAACAUAAAGGACGAAAUUAAAAAACGAGCAGAACAGCUUAACAAGAUUGAUGAAUUAAAGAAGAAGAGACGCCGGGAAAUUCUAAGAAAGGCAGUUCUGAUGGCUAGAUCUGAACAGAAAACAAGGUCAACAUUAGGGAGUGUUGUACAAGCGAAUAUAGCUCAGCGAAAAAUUGAUAAAAUCGAUAAAGAAAUGGAUGAGCAAAUGCAAAAUAUUGACCCUCCUCCGAUAGCAUCUAUAAGUGAGGAAGACGUAGAACCACAUGGUAAUGCUAGCACAAAGUCUUGGCCAAGCGAAAGUAAAUAUGCUUUAAAAAGUACAACGGACACUAAGGAUCUUAAUAACUCAGAUGUAUUAUUUUAAUAUUUUUGCACUUAUGGAAUCUGUACCACACUGGUAUCGAUCAUUAUGCGUCAUGUACAGAACUCUUUUGAUUACAACUAAGUCUUCAAUCGCGAUUAACUUUGGAUUUCAUCGCGUUUCAUCAACAAAACUAUAUGAUUAAAAUAUGUAGGUAGAUUGUUUAUUUAUAAUUUUAUAUUGUUAUUGACUAUUAAUUCGUUAUUACACGUGAUUGUAAAAUAUUAUAAUUGUAAAUAAAUGUUUCUGAAUGACAUAUUUAGGUACACGAUGAAAGUUUUCCAUUACAUCUUUAAAAAAAAUCAAAACGUAAUUUAAAUGUUGCCAUUCACAUGUUUUAUAGCACAUUAGUUUUACUAUUUCUCACACUAUUUUUUCUUAAAUGAAAAGGGGACCAUAAUUCGGUAUGUGGUAUGAGGUUUGCUCAUUGUUGAAGGCCGUAUUGUGACUUGUACAUGCAGUUGUUAUUUUCUACAUUAUUUGGUUUGAACUUUCUGGUUGAAAAUACUACUUCUCUUGGAUAGAUUUUAAUUCCAAGGAGAAAUGUCAAAAAAUUAGCAUAAAACAUUACAGAGAAGAUAAUACAACUGCCAGUAAAAAAGGACAAACAUUCAGACGAAAAACCAAUUCACAAAACACUACUGUAACUCAUAUAUACGAAAAAUAAAGGACUAGCACAAAUUAAAUAUCCGUUUAAAACCAAAGACUUGCUAAUAAACCAGCAGUUCCUGUCCCCAUACUGACACCAGCAGUGUUACACAUGUUAGAGUUAGAUGAUGAGUUAUUUCCCUUGAUAAUAGGUAAUGAAACAACGGAUUUGAUAUUUUGCAACUGUCUCUUGAAAUUUAAUAAGCUUCCGUCAAAUUAAAAACAAUAAAUGAGAAAAACAUACUGAAUAAGUAAAUAAACAAUAAUAAUAAGUAGAUAUUAAAACAAUAAAAUGAUAGAUAAAAAGAAAAAAAUGAAGACCGCCCCAACCGAACUUCUCACUAAAACAGAUGAUGUUUUGGCGUGCUUUUGAAUCGAAAGGUAUUUGAUGUUGAUAGUAUAUCAGAAAUAAAAGCUAAAGGUAUAAAAUCAUACUAUCCAAACUUGAAUGUAUCCACGCUUAUAGGAUUCAUCAAAAAUCAUACUAUCCACACUGAUCUGUGUCCACACUUGUAAGAUUCACCAAAAAAUAAUUAGUUAUGUGAUUAUGCGCCGUCACUUGGUUGUUUGUUAUUUAUGUUGUACUUGUAUAAAUAAAAACAUGUGAUUGCUAAUAAAAAUAUAAUAUUAUAUU